AUGAGUGAUCAUUAUGUGAAGGUAAAAGUUCAGCUUGAACAACUGAAGUCUACGGGCGAGGUGGAGGAGGCAGAGACAGCUGGGGAGGAGCAGGUGCCCAACGAAACGCCGCCGGCAUCCCUUUCCCCUCUUCCCGUUGCCCUUGAAGUCCGGAGGGAUGCCUCAAAGAAUCCCGCUCGGAACUAUGACAAGAGCCCUAACACUAAACAAGACGCGCCCGUUUCGAGCCACCUGGACAAUGCGCCGUCGCUCCAGGUUAAAGGUACCGGAAAGGUUUUACAGGAGAAAGCGGAGGCGAACGGAAACGUGGUGACCAGCCAGCCACAUAAAGAUAUCAAAAGUGCACACAGCAAAGAGGAUGCCAACACACUUGUCAAAAAGAGGAGACCAGUCACCGUGGACACGUCCAAGGCCAAGACAUCUCUUGAGGCGCUCAAACUCAGCAUCCGGCAGCUCAAGUGGAAGGAGUUUCCCACAGGUCGACGUGCUGCUUGUGACAUCUACUGGCAUGGCGUCUCCUUCCAUGACAACGAGAACAUCGUCUCUGGACAGGUCAACAAGUUCCCAGGGAUGGUGGAGAUGUUGCGGAAGAUUAACCUGAGCCGUGCCGUGCGCACCAUGCAGGAGCUCUUCCCGGAGGAGUACAACUUCUACCCGCGCUCAUGGAUCCUUCCGGAAGAGUACCAGAUCUUUGCCACACAGAUUCGUCUGGCUAAGGACAUUGAUUCUUCCUCACCGCGACCAACCUUCAUCGUCAAACCCGACAGCGGUUCUCAGGGCGACGGCAUCUACCUGAUCCGCGAACCGUCCGACCUGCGCUCCACGUCCACUGGGGCCAUGGGCGGGUCCGGAGCGGUGCGCCAGGCCGUGGUGCAGGAGUACAUCCAGCGCCCCCUACUGAUCGACAAGCUGAAGUUCGACGUGCGCCUCUACGUCCUGGUGCGCUCCCUCGACCCUCUUGAAAUCUACGUGGCCAAGGAAGGCCUCUCCCGGUUCUGCACGGAACCCUACCAGGAGCCCAGCACCAAGAACAUGCAUCGGGUCUUCAUGCACCUGACCAACUACUCACUAAACGUGCAGAGUGGGAACUUUGUGCACUCCGACAGUCGGAACACGGGCAGCAAGCGCACUUUCACCAGCGUGCUCGGGCGACUGGGCGCCAAGGGCGCGGACGUCAAGCGCGUCUGGUCUGACAUCAUCGCACUGGUCAUCAAGACAGUCAUUGCCCUCGUGCCUGAACUCAAGGUCUUCUACCAGGCCGACAUCCCGCCGGGCAAGCCAGGGCCCACCUGC